ACGUAAAAUCUGAUAGAAGAAGAAGUAACAAUAGUUGACGUCAUUGCUGUGCGACUGUAUGGCAUGGUUUCCUCUGGCCAGGUUGAAAUUGUGCGGAAAGAUUUGUUAUGCGAACAAAUUAACUGAAUUUUAUGCGACAUGGAUAUAACCGAGGCUAUCGACGACAGCUUUGGAAUAGAGGUUAUUCUUUCAGAGGGCGGUAAAACACCGCCAUGUUGUCCGCAUGGUCCAGCACUGCUGUUUGAGAAAGUUAGCAAAGGAGGAGAGAAAGGCAGGAGGUUCUAUGCCUGCUCAGCUUGUAGAGACAGAAAAGACUGCAGCUUUUUCCAGUGGGAACAUGAAAAGGUGUCAGAAGCCAGGCUCUUGGCCAGAGAAGCAGAAAACCAGUUGAGAAGACCUCCGUUCAGUCAGAAGGAGUACUGUACCCGGUUCAGAAAGUUUGCCUCCCUCCCACCAGAUAAGAAGAAGUUUUGUCAGGAUUGUCAGAUUCUGCUCCUUCCAGGAGAGCAUGAGGCCCACACCUCUCACAAAUCCACUGAUGUCAGUGAGUCUCAGCUGAGGAGGCCCAGUGUGCUGCUGCGUCCUCUGGAUAACAAGAAGAGCAAUGCCCAGUACCUGUUCACUGACCGUAGCUCACACUUUAUGCUGGACACGUUGGCUGCUCUGGGAUACAGGAAGGUGCUGUGUGUGGGCACACCCAGACUUCAGGAACUGAUCAAGUUGCGAAACCUGGAGCAGAAACAUGAGCCAAUGAAGAGCCUGCUGCUGGACAUUGACUUCAGAUAUGCUCAGUUCUACAGCCAAGAUGAGUUCUGUCACUACAACAUGUUCAAUCAUCACUUCUUUGGUGGAGAGGCCUCCAACGCAGUCCUGCAGGCGUUCCUCACAGAGUCUGAUGGGGACAAGGUGGUGAUGGUGGCUGACCCUCCGUUCGGUGGCCUGGUGAAACCUCUGGCUAACACUUUCUCUCUGAUCUCACAGACAUGGAGGAAGCUGCAGAGCUCUGACAGCAGUAAUGCCGAUAUGCCCAUGAUGUGGAUCUUCCCGUAUUUCUUUGAGCCUCGCAUCCUGGAGAGUUUCCCUUCGUUCUCCAUGCUGGACUACCAGGUGGACUAUGAUAACCAUCCUCUGUAUAAACAUGGGAAGACAGGCAGGAGGCAGUCUCCUGUCAGGCUGUUCACUAACAUCACUCCCAGAGCUGUUGUUCUGCCCAAAGAGGAGGGCUACAGGUUUUGCUCUGUAUGUGAGAGAUACGUCUGGUCCCUCAACAAGCACUGCGCUAAAUGCAACAUCUGCCCAUCCAAGGAUGGCCGUGAAUGGAAACACUGCUCAUUAUGUGAGAAAUGUGUGAAACCAUCAUGGAAACAUUGUCAAGCCUGUGGUCACUGUGCCCUCCCAUUGCACCCAUGUGGCCACAGCCCAGGAAAGGAAGGCUGCUUCUGCUGUGGCAGCUUGCAGCACAAGCACAAAGCCUGCCCUCUCAAAGACACACACAGGAUCAACAGCUGUCGGCCCAAUGCCAAGAGUGGAGCCAAAAAUGUGUCCCGUAAACCCCUGUUGAAGCGUAAAGCUAAGAGGAAAUCUGGAGCAGCUCGCAGAAUAAAGAAGGCAGCUCAGUCUAUGUGACCUCAUUAUUCAUGCCGUGUCUUGUCAGCUGUGCAAUCAGAGGCUAUUGAAUAGUUUUUAUUUGAAAUAAAAUGACUCCUCUUAACUGUGUUAACAACUGUUACGGCAGAAUAAAAAAAGGCUUGUGAAAAGA